UGAUGCUGGCCUGCAGUCUGGUUGCUGCGGUGAGGUACCUGGGCUCCUGAAGGGCGGGCGGUUAGAUAAUAACCGCCGCCAUCGGCGGAUUCCCUCGGGCGGCCAAGCCACUGUUGCAAGGAGCGGGCCGACAGCUUAGUGCCUACGGCAUGGGUCAGCUCUUUCUGCUGCCUCCGCCUUCGCGAUCCCUACUUCUUUGCGGUGAAGUGACCUUUGGGUUUUGAGAGCUUGGGUCCUGAGGCCCAAACUUGGGACGAAUCCCUAACCCACCACUCCUUUUCCCCCUAAUCCUCUUUCUCUUCCUUUGCACCACUGAAUCAUUUGACCUUUGAGCUGGUCGUCUCGGCAGUGCCUUGAGGCCAAUUUCGGGGCGGUAAAGGUAACCUUGGGGAAAGCGGCCCCCCAGUGGACAAAGGCGGAGGCAAGAAUAGAGCAGGCCUAAGGGCCUCAAGCAAUGAGAAUAGGCAGUUAAGAGGCUGAACAAGAAAAAAGAAUAUUGCGGAUUUAGAAGGGACUGGAAAGAACUUGUUGCAAGAUGGAAGAAUCUGAUUCUGAGAAAAAGAUGGAGAAAGAAAAUUUGGGGCCGAGAAUGGAUCCUCCACUAGGGGAACAAGAAGGAUCGCUAGAGUGGGUGCUACCAAACACAGCCAUGAAGAAAAAGGUGCUGUUGAUGGGUAAAAGUGGGUCUGGUAAGACCAGCAUGAGGUCUAUUAUCUUUGCAAAUUAUAUUGCCAGAGACACACGUCGCCUUGGUGCAACAAUACUAGACCGUAUACAUAGUCUUCAAAUUAAUAGCAGUUUGAGCACCUACUCUCUCGUAGACUCUGUUGGAAAUACAAAGACAUUUGAUGUAGAACAUUCUCAUGUUCGAUUUCUGGGAAACCUGGUUUUGAACCUGUGGGAUUGUGGUGGACAAGACAGCUUCAUGGAAAAUUAUUUUACUAGCCAAAGGGACAACAUCUUCCGAAAUGUGGAGGUUCUGAUUUAUGUCUUUGAUGUGGAGAGCCGUGAACUGGAAAAGGAUAUGCACUAUUACCAAUCAUGCCUGGAAGCUAUUCUGCAGAACUCUCCAGAUGCCAAAAUCUUUUGCUUGGUACACAAAAUGGAUCUGGUACAAGAGGAUCAACGGGACCUGAUUUUUAAAGAGCGAGAAGAAGAUCUAAGGCGUUUGUCUCGCCCAUUGGAAUGCUCUUGCUUCCGAACAUCUAUCUGGGAUGAAACUCUCUAUAAGGCUUGGUCCAGCAUUGUUUAUCAACUGAUUCCCAAUGUUCAGCAGCUGGAAAUGAAUCUAAGGAAUUUUGCUGAAAUUAUCGAAGCAGAUGAAGUACUUCUGUUUGAGAGAGCUACUUUUCUGGUGAUUUCUCAUUAUCAGUGUAAAGAGCAGCGUGAUGCCCAUAGAUUUGAAAAAAUCAGCAAUAUUAUUAAGCAAUUCAAGCUGAGUUGCAGCAAACUGGCUGCCUCUUUUCAGAGUAUGGAAGUUAGAAAUUCUAAUUUUGCUGCUUUCAUUGAUAUCUUUACAUCCAACACUUAUGUGAUGGUUGUGAUGUCAGAUCCAUCCAUUCCUUCUGCAGCUACUCUGAUCAACAUCCGAAAUGCCAGGAAACACUUUGAAAAGCUGGAAAGAGUCGAUGGACCAAAGCAGUGUCUUCUCAUGCGCUAAACAUUGCUGAAUAUUGUUUUACAUUUAAAAAAGCGAAGCACUGUUUCUUAAUUAAUCUUAAUGUUCUAUUCAUAUAUGUAGGCUCUGAAAUGUUGUGAUGCUUACUAUUCCUGUAUUUCUUUUCUAUGCCUUAGUCUUAACAUUUAAGCUUUAAUACUAUUUCCUCAAGUAGCCAGUGAAGAGUUAGAAGAUGACCUUUCCAUAAAGUCAGUGUAAAAUAAAAGUAGGUGAUGUGUUAAGUGUUCUCUUAAUACGCUUCUAGUAGUGUUUACGUGUUAUGAUAAUCUGAUUCCAAUAGUAGUGUAUGUCAAACCCUUUCCCAGUAUCGUCCUGUAUUCCCUACCAGAUAAUAACCACUAAGCUUGGAGUAUUACUGUUUUCUCAGCAUGCAUUAAAAAUAUUCCUUAACUUCAACUGUAAAUAAACUUUUGCU